AAAAGUGGGUUUGUCCAUAGAAUAAAUAUCUAUGUAGGUCUAUAUAUACUUUAAAUGCAAAAUAAGAACGAAGGUACCUCAAGCGCCUGCGCGUAUUACCUUAAACUUAUCAAAAGCAAAAAUCUAAUCUCGGCGUAAAAGCUAAAUUAUUAGAACUGUGCUUUUUGCGUCAAGAACAGUUGGUUAUUGAAGCCGCACUAGGACAGAGUGUGCCAAUUCUCUCUUCAAGUUGUAAUUAGAAAAAUCUGUUAACUCACAAUGACUUCAACAUUGUUGCCCGGUAAUGUAGUUUAUGGCGGCCCGAUACAUGUGCAGGAUGCGCAGAAUUAUCACUCUUUGGGACAGUUGAUAAUGGAUAAAUACAAAAGCUUUGGCGACCAAACGGUUAUAAUUGAUGCCGUCAGUGGCACUGAAUAUAGCGCAAAGUUUAUGUACGAUUCGAUUGUAAGAUUGGCCCAAAUCCUCCAGAAACUCGGCAUAAAGCACAACGAUGUCAUUGGGCUGUCCAGUGAAAAUAGCGUGAGCUUUGCCGUAGCCAUGUUUGCAGGAUUCGCUGUGGGUGCAACUGUGGCGCCUCUAAAUGUCACCUACUCCGAUCGUGAGGUAGAUCAUGCCAUCAAUUUAUCGCAUCCAAAAAUCAUAUUCGCCUCAAAGAUCACCGUUGACCGCAUUGCCAAAGUGGCCAAACAGAAUAAGUUUGUCAAAGCUGUUAUUGCGCUGAGCGGAACCUCCACGAAUCAUCCAAAAGUAUAUUCCUUCAUGGAGUUAAUGAACAAUGACAAGUAUAAAACAAAACCAGAUUUUACCUCACCUUUGGCAAACAAAACCGAGGAUGUGGCCCUAAUUGUGUGCUCCUCGGGCACCACUGGUCUGCCUAAGGGCGUUCAGUUGACACAGUUCAAUUUAUUGGCCACGAUCGAUUCGCAAAUCCAGCCAACUAUGAUACCAUUCAACGAGAUCACGCUACUUACUGUCAUUCCGUGGUUCCAUGCUUUUGGCUGCCUGACGCUGGUCACAACGGCAACCAUGGGCACGCGACUAGUAUAUUUGCCCAAAUUCGAAGAGAACCUGUUUCUCUCCGCCAUUGAGAAAUACCGUGUCAUGAUGGCCUUUAUGGUGCCCCCACUUAUGGUCUUCUUGGCGAAGCAUCCCAUUGUAGAUAAAUAUGAUCUGUCUUCGUUAAUGGUUUUACUCUGCGGUGCUGCACCCCUCAGUCGUGAAACAGAAGAUCAGAUCAAGGAGCGAAUUGGUGUACCAUUCAUUCGCCAGGGUUACGGUCUUAGCGAAUCGACUCUGAGCGUUCUAGUGCAAACCGAUGAUUUCUGCAAGCCAGGUAGCGUUGGCGUACUAAAGGUUGGCAUCUAUGCCAAGGUCGUUGAUCCGGACACUGGCAAAAUUCUGGGACCGAACGAGCGUGGCGAGCUUUGCUUUAAGGGCGAUGGCAUUAUGAAGGGUUACAUUGGCGACAGGAAGUCCACAGAGACCGCCAUUCAGGACGGCUGGUUACACACUGGUGAUAUUGGCUAUUAUGACGAUUCUCUUGAGUUCUUUAUUGUGGAUCGUAUAAAGGAACUCAUCAAAUAUAAGGGCUUCCAGGUGCCACCGGCAGAAAUAGAAGCACUGCUGCUAACCAAUGAGAAGAUUAAGGAUGCUGCCGUUAUUGGCAAACCGGAUGAAGCGGCUGGCGAACUACCAAUGGCAUUUGUGGUUAAACAGUCGAAUAUCCAACUCACCGAGGAAGAUGUGAUCAAUUUUGUGAAUGAACGUGCCUCGCCCGCUAAACGUCUGCGCGGUGGCGUAGUUUUUGUGGACGAGAUACCCAAAAAUCCCAGUGGCAAAAUAUUACGUCGCAUCCUGCGCGAUAUGCUUAAGAAACAAAAAUCCAAAUUGUAGGCCUCUCGAUCCGUGUAAUUACGUUAAGCGAACAUCGUAAGUGAGGCUAAGGAAAUAAUUUUGUACUUUGAAAGAAUUUACCAUAAGUU